CCACAACCCUAAACCAACCCCACUUUCUUAUUCUGGUGGUGCUCAUUUUCUUCUUCUUCUUCUUCUUCUAUAUAUCUCUUCUUAGGGACUACUUCUCCUUUUGUGUUAAUUACUUGAUGACAAAUAAUUCACUGCUGCUCAGCUAGCUGCGCUGGUUGUUUCAAUCUCCAUGGACGAUUCUGGAGCUGCUUCUGGUGAUGAUGCCACCAAGACUUGCCCUAGAGGCCACUGGAGACCCGCUGAAGAUGAAAAACUCCGCCAACUUGUUGAACAAUACGGUGCUCAAAACUGGAAUUCUAUUGCUGAGAAGCUCCAAGGAAGAUCAGGGAAGAGUUGUAGAUUAAGGUGGUUUAAUCAGCUUGACCCCAGAAUCAACAGAAGACCAUUUACAGAAGAGGAAGAAGAAAGACUUCUAGCUGCUCAUCGAAUUCAUGGAAACAAAUGGGCAUUAAUCGCCAGAUUAUUUCCAGGAAGAACCGAUAAUGCUGUGAAGAAUCACUGGCAUGUUAUAAUGGCAAGAAAGCAAAGAGAACAAUCAAAGCUAUGCGGAAAGAGAACUUAUUCAGAAAGUCUUAGCAGCUCCAACGAUAUCAAUUUCGAUCAUUUUAGCAAUAAUCAUAUUUCAAGAAAAUUAAGACCCCAGGACAUGUUUAUUAGCUCAAGAAAUAUCGGGUUUGCAGCCUCACCUGCUGUUUCUCAGCUUUCUUGGACUUUCGCCCCGCCAAUGGUUGCAACUUCAAACAGUAAUAUUUCAUCUUCAGCAGUGGAGUUUAAAAAAAAAGAAGGAAGAGAUUAUUUAACUUCUACUUCUAAUUACUAUUCAAGUUCUUCAGUUCGUAGUUCUAGUUCUAUAAUUGGAUUCACAAACAACAGGAGAAUCGUUAGUCCAUUUGGUUCUUUUAGUGUUGGUGAUCAUCUUGAUUAUGAAAGCCAUGGGAAAAAGAAGGAGCUCAUUAAAUUUUCAGAUAACUCCAUGAGAGUGAGUGCAGUUCAGCAAGCUCAAGGAGACGAAUCUAUUCAUCACAAGACUGUUCCUUUCAUAGAUUUUCUCGGUGUGGGUAUCCCUUCUUGAUCACAAAAACAUCCAUCGUUUUAUUUAACUAAUUUCUCUCAUAUAAAUUAAUAUUAAAGUAGUUUCAUUUAGCUUCAA